AAGCUGCGACUGUGACAUUUUCGCCUGUCGCUAAGAAUUUGUGACAUCUCUGUUUUUGUUUUGAUUGCUCGAUUCCGCCAAAUUUUAAAUAAUUUGUCUGAUAAAUCUAAGAAAAUAUGUCAACAAUCUGACAAUAUCAUGUUUUUCGAUUCAUAUAAACCUACUGAUAAAAUCAUUGAUGGAACAAGAGAAGAGAGGUGAGCGGGAAGCUAUCGAAAAAUUCGAUAUCAAGUUAAAAUCCAAGCCGAAGGACGGUGUCAUACUACAGCUGCAUCACACGGUUCGAGGUUCAAAUGGAGAAUGUCGCAGAAUUCGGUUCACCGCGGGCAUUUUCGACGACGCCCAUGACAAGCUCGCAUGCGCCGACAACGCAGGCAACAUCUUUAUACUUGACUUUUCCGACCUAAAAUUCUGGAAAUUACCUGGAGUUGGGCCGUGCACUGCCUUACAAUUCAUACCGGCCAAACAAGAUACGCUGAUCGUUGCUUCCGCAAAGAAAUAUGAGAUGAACUUCUUAGACACUGAAACUGGACAAGUAUCUCUGACACUGACAGGCCACACUGCACCAGUAAGACACAUUUCCUUCUCUAACAAUGUUAAAACAAACAAUCUUCUGACUGCUAGUCCAGUUGAAGCCAUACUAUGGGAACUACGUAACUAUACCAAAUACUUCACCUUGAACACAUUCCUAGGUGCUCAGAUCCAACAAAUAAUGUUUUCUCCUGCGGGUGACUACCUUGUAGCAUGCUUUCAAAACGACACUGUACAAAUUUGGAAACAUGAGAGCAUGAAAUCUGUCAAGCAAAUAAUACCAAGUGAGCUGAAGCACAUGAAAAGUAUUGCGUUUACUAUGAACGGCCGUGCUAUGGCCAUGGCCGGGCUUGCGCCUAUGUUGAUUCUGUUUAGUAUGGACACUUGGAAGGCCCUCAAAACAAUAGACAUGUCAAAAUACAACAUUAGUGGUGCCCACCAAUUGGCUUUCAUCCCGCAGUUAUUUGAUGGAGGAGCUAACAAGAUCCUUGCCAUCUUAAGCAGUGACUGUGUGCUGUAUUUACUGGAUUUAGAGUCAUUAACUGUUAUCCAUAUGAUACACCCAGAAUCAUCUGGUAUUCGUAAAUUUGUUGUUAGCCCAUCAGGAAAAUAUUUUCUGUGCAUUCUCCAACUUGGUGAAGUUAAUAUCUACAAUUGUUCAUAUGUAAUGGAUUCAGCUCAGAACUGUCAAAAUUGUGUUGUAGAAACUAUGAGAAAGGAAAUGCCAGGUACCUCCACCCAUAAGUGUCCCUCUCAGAUGCAAACUAACUCAAAAUCUCAAAUUGAACAAAAGAUGCGUGUCUGUAUGGAUAGCGCUAGGCUAAGGAGAAUACUCAUGCAAUAUGGUGAGUAUCCUGACAAAUUCCGCUCGAUCAUCUGGAGGUCAUUGCUAGAUACUCCUCGGAAUAAAAUUGCAUAUGCAGGUCUCAUUGAUAAAGGUAUCCAUCCAGCCUACAAGGAUAUAGAGAAACAGUUUACCAUACAUAGUGCAGUUACACUUAAAAAUCUGAAACGUCUACUGUCCUGUCUUGCCCACUGGUGUCCCUUAUUUGGAGUCAUGAAGUUCUUGCCUGGUUUUGUGUUUCCGUUUGUAAAAGUCCUUCAAAAAGAUCCUCUUUUACUUUUUGAGUCUGUGGCCAGUGUGUUAUGCAAUUAUUGUCAACUGUGGUUUGAGUAUGCCCCUUUUCCCCCAAUUAGUGUUUUGGCAAUUGUUGAGAAUAUUCUGGCUGAACAUGACCAGCCAUUACUGAAUCAUUUCUGUGAAGUCGGCAUCACAAGUCAAACCUAUGCUCUAAAAAUAUUAGAAACUGCUUUUAGUGAAGUACUAACUUGCUCUGAAUGGCUGAUAUUAUGGGAUCACAUACUUAGUAAUGAGCCAGCUUUCAUUCUAAUGGCAGUAGUUUCAUACAAUAUUGUGCAAAGAAAUGCUCUAAAGAGGCUAAAGACACAUGAACAACUUGAAAAUUUCUUCCAUAUGCAAAACCCUAUUGAUAAAAAAACAUUUCUGAAGAAGGCCUAUGUACUAUUGAAUGAAACUCCAGAAGACAUACAUCCUAGAAGAUUUUACACACCUUUUGUAUCACUAGAGAAAGGAGAAUGUUAUCAGCAAUUCACAGGAUAUCCAAAAGCAACAAUUUGCCUUAAACUAGCGAAAAAAGACCGAACCAAAAGUUUAAAGAGUGACAAGUACACUCUAAAAGAAUUAACUACUAGAAGUCAAGAGAAAGAAAUUCAAGAAAGAGCACAGGUUGAAGACCUAGAUUCUGAUCAUCAAUCUGAGCACAGCGAAGAAGAAAGUGUUCAUGAAGUUUGUAUUGAAAAACACAGGAGGACCAGAAAGAAAAGUCAUGAUGCAGCACAAAACAAUGGUGACUUCACUACGAAAGAAACGAGAGAAGAGUUGAUCGAAAGUAUAAUAUAUCCUGCUACAAUACAUCUACAGAGAAACAAAAGUGGAGAAUUUAAAGCUCUUAAAAAGGAUAAAGAACCAAAUAAGCAUUCACGGUCAAAAACAAAGAAAAAGUCGUCUGAAAAUAAGAACGAAAGUUUAGAGAAAGAAGUAGAGAAAUUGUUGAGAACUUAUACUAAUUCCGAUUUAUCUGAUACUUGAUGUAUCCAAUUAUUGUGUU